CUGUUUGUGAACUCCUCAACAGAUGGCGGCGGCGGCGGGGCGUACAUCCAGCACAAAUCUGACGGGGUGGAGGCUCUGAUGGGGGGGAGUCCGGGCCAGCUACCACAGUUGGUUGUCUAAUGAGGAACAGGGAUAAGGCCUGGUCAGUCUGACCUCAUUGAGAAUUUCUUGCCUACAGUCUUGGAUUUUUCUCUUUUUUCCUCGGUUUUCUACCGGAGGCCGCAGAGACCUCGGGCUAGAUUUGUCUCCACACCGAUCCGAGUGCGAGAAGACAUCCGUGGGGUUGUUUGGAAAGUCCCAUGAAAUGUGUUUACCAGAAUUUGGCGGUUUGAGGUUAUAACAUGUUUAUUUCGUAGAGUAAAUAGUGUUUACACGAUAGCAAAAAAAAGUGGAAUUAAUGUGGAGUAGGAAAAAAAAGUUCAUGAGAAAAGCUAACUAGUUAGCUACCUAGCAGCGAAACUCUAGCAUGUUGAAUGAAUGAAUGAAUGAAUUUCCGACCACCUGCAUUUAACAGCUUCUUGUUACUACAACAAGACGUCGAAUAUUGCAUAAAAGGGCACGUAUUUUGUACAACAGAGUGAGCCUGUCUGGCUAACUCUUGUUUUUACUAUUCCACUAACGCUACAUACCCACAAAUGGACAGGAAUGCGACUCCUGGGAGUUGGUGGACAGCGGCGAUUUAGCACGCAGAGAUAGUGUCGUGCUAAUACUGACUAUAGCCUGGUAAUGUUUAUGAGACUGGGGGGGAGCUAACUUUAGCUAGCUACAAAUAUUUGCACUACUCGGACUUGGCUGCGAAAGUGUGAAGCGUACGCCCGGUUUGGGAUGGGGAAUACGGUGUCAUGCUGCGUCUCUCCCGAGUCCAGCCCCAAGCUACCGUCGAGACAACCGGCAGAGCGGCUGGAGGAGCUGCAGACCAGCACCGAAGUGAGCGAUGACAACACGGUGCCCUAUCUGCAGCAUAUAAGCGACAGAGAGGUCCCCGAUGAGCUGGCCCUGGAGUCUAACCCGUCGGACCACGCCCGAGCGAGCACCAUCUUCCUCAGCAAGUCCCAGACAGACGUACGAGACAAGAGGAAAAGCAACCACAUAAAUCAUAUCAGUCAUGUAUCUCCUGGUCCACUGUCAAAGAAAUACAGCUCCUGUUCCACAAUCUUCAUAGACGACAACACCGUCAGCCAGCCAAACCUCAAAAGCACAAUCAAAUGUGUCACGUUAGCAAUAUACUACCACAUCAAAAACAGGGACUCAGACAGGUCACUGGACAUCUUUGAUGAGAAGUUGCACCCCUUAUCAAGAGAGCCAGUGCCAGACGACUACAACCGUGUAGACCCAGAACACAAACUGAUCUACCGCUUCGUCAGAACACUCUUCAGCGCUGCACAGCUCACAGCAGAAUGUGCCAUUGUCACUCUAGAAUGAGAUGGAGCGCCACUUCCUGGAACUUCUCCAGUUCAAUAUCAACGUGCCAGCCAGUGUCUAUGCCAAGUACUACUUUGAUCUGCGGCAGCUGGCUGAUGACAACAACCUCAACUUCCCUCUGGAGCCUCUCAACAACCAGCGCGCCCAGAAACUAGAGGCCAUUUCAAGACUAUGUGAGGACAAGUACAAGGACCUGAGCCGAGCUGCGAUGAGACGAUCCUUCAGCGCAGACAACCUGAUAGGUAUACGACACACCAACGCUGUGCUGUCAUAGGUCAGACUGCUGCCGUCUGAUUUCCAAAGCCCAGCUAACCCACAGCCAACCCCGGACAAACAUAGCCACCUCACAGGGUCAACGCAGCCACAUGGGGCAGGAUUAAGGCUUGAAAAUGCUACUGUAUGACCUGCCCUAAUGGUCAUUUGCAUUACGGCUGUAGAGUUGCGUGAUUGUCAAAUUAAACUUGAAAUUGAGGUAUUUACAGAAAACUCACCGAAAACUAAACACCACACAUCUAUUGUUUUUACCAAUCCCUUAUUUAUUUCUUACUUGUCCCUUAUUUCCAGUGUUAAGUAGGAAUUACUCUACUGCAGUUAAAUCUGAGGGGUAGUCUUUGGGUUUUCAUAAAAAUGUUAAUUUUUGCAGAAAUAUUUCAAUUAUUCCAUGCAGCCUUAAAGGAUACAGCUGGUCUAACUUCUGUAUUAUAGCUGUCACCAAAUUCCAUGAAAAGACCAAAACCAAGAAUGUGUUUGUCUGUCUCUCUGUACUUUCUCACUUCCAUACCCUGUGUGUAGCUCUCGGCCCCAAACCUGUUGGUUCCUACUGAAGACAAAUAUUUAAUGUGGGCCACAAACAGUUUAAUUAUUAAAAAAGGCUCAGUAAUUUCCAAGCUGCCACUGUAGUUUCUAUCAAACUUUAACUCAAACAGAAGCACAUGGUUCCUUUGUUGGGGACUAUGUUUAGCAGUGAAUUAAAAGUUGGCGUUCCUAGUAGCAGCAGCAGGAGGGUGUGUGUGGGACUGACAUAAAAAUAAACAGUGUGCAGUACACAGCUACUACAGUAUGAACAAUGUCACUCUGUGGCCCAGAGGAAUAAGGUAUUUCAGGCUUUGCAUCGAUAUUUGUCAGUCUGAUCAAUUUAUUGUUGGUUUUGGUCAUUUCAUGGGAUUUGUUGACAAGAAAAUGUAGAAUAUCAGCAGACAUAUCCUUUAAUAGGCCCAUCACAUGAAUGCAAAAGCUGUUCCUUGUAAAUUAGAGUUAUUACCAAAAGUUACUUUUGAGAGUGUAAAAAAAAAAAGCGGCUUGUUUACUGUUCAUUCCAGUGGUGUUGGAUUUACUAAAAAUCUGAAUUUGGAUGGAGCAUAUACUGCAUGUCUCAGAUUAUAAAGUAUUGGACUAUUCUGCAGGAGAUGGCUGUUGUAGUGUCUGGGAAUCAGGAGUGCCAACCUGGGGUCAGUUUUACUUUUCAGAUACACUUCAGGUGGCCAAAAAGGAGCGGUUUUACAGGUUCUGGAUCAGUACUGCUACUGAGUGGCUCGAUAAAGCAGUUAGGUCGACAUAAUGACAAAAUAUAGCAUCCUGACCCCGCCUCAAAGAGCCCGUCAGCACAUUACAAAGCGUGUGAUUGUCCAAGACCCCGACCAGAGCUUUCCAACAAACUACAUAGAUAUUGAGGGGGGAAAAAAGAGACUGAUGGAUACUCCCCUCCUUUUUGCUUACUAUGUAGGCUACUAGCUGUGAAAUUUGUCUUGUUUUUAACUGAAACAAACAUUUGCAGAUGGAGUAUUUUAAAUAAACACUAAUCAUGUAACGAA